CGAGUCAAUCGUACAGUUUGAGCAGGCGCUGAAUAACGCCACUGAAAAAAUCGCACAGCGUAUGCCCAAGGCUCCGCCGAUGCUGAUGGAAAUGGACAAAACGUUAAGAAACGCAAAGCCAGAGGAACAGACUAACACACACUAAUGCUGUUUUUGACUUCUAUUUAUGCCCUCAGUAGGCGUGACCUAACGGCCGCACUUCAAAGCACGGCCGCACUUCAAAGCACUCAGCCUUUUGACGCGUCAUGUAAUCUUCCUUCUAAUGGCGCAACUCCUCCCACUCAUUCAUAAUCCGACCUCCGCGUUUGCACUCGUCCUACAAGAGCUCCCAAAUUUGAACAUCAUUGAUGUUCAUCGGAUUUACAGAGUGACGACAAACCCCGUCAGCAUGUUAGAUAAAGGAUUUAAGUUAUAUGCUGCAUCAUAUAUACACAACUACGAAGAUUAAGCUUCUGGAUUCAUCGCCAGUGCUCCUGUGUGGCAGGUGCUGUUAUGUGCAAUCACACAGUGGCACUGCUCUUCCAAACAGCACACUACUCACAACUCAGAGUGCCGGUUGUCCCCCUGUGCAUAGCUGCACCGAAUCUGAACAGCAAUGGCACAAGCCACGGACAGUGGGUGUGAAGCCAGGACCUAUCAACUCUAUGAUCUUCACUAAGCCGGUACCAAAUAGGAUGGCCCAGACUGGAGUACGGAGUGGAUUCUACAGAGGCAUUGUGGGUCCAUUACCAGAUCCCUGACCUGACAAGCCCCUUGUGGAAAGUGCCUUUGGGCUGGUGCAGGAGGGCAGUGUUCUGUCAUGUCAGCAGCCGGUUUUGACAACCCGGUACAUCACACUACACCGUGAUGCACCACCAACACCGCACUUGCCUCUGGAGGGGUACGACAUCAAGGAAACCCUGCUCGCUCAGACAGCCUGUGAUAUUUUCUCAAACCGCUGCGCUGAACAAGUUUCCAAAGAACAUGCUGUGUGACACAAUAAAUAUCCUUUAACCUGUUAACCUGUGGCUUCUGGAAGAAACUCGGGUGAGUCAGUCACUGCAAACACAUUUGUAUCAUCAAGUGUUUGUCAAAUGAAAAUGAUAUGUUUUUCUACACUUAGGAUAAUUUUCUAUGUUGCAGUGCAGUAAAGUGCAUGUUUCUUCUGUGUUCAAUCAUACAUGUUCUAAUUGUUAUAAACAGAAAAAAUCUUUUCUUACUUAACUGCUUGAUUCUUAACUUGUUUAACUGAAACAUGAUGAAAUGUCAUAGUAUUAUUUUUUUUUUUAAAUGUCCUUGGCAGUGCAUGUGUCCGCAUUGUAACUUACUAAUAAAAAGUCCUGUGUGUA